GAGAGAGCAAGAGAGAGAAGCAGUGCAGGAGAGGAACAGCACAAGCGGAGGAGAGGAGUGGAAAGAGAGAGAGAAAGAGAGAAGGGCAGAGAGAGAGAGAGAGAGAGAGAGAGAGAGAGAGAGAGAGGGAGGCUAGGCGGACUAAGCAUUACAAUCACUUCUUCUCUAGCCUGUGUGUGCUAUGGUGAGACGGCUGCAGAGGAUCAUUUCUUUCUUGCCUGUCUGUUUCUCAUUCUUUUUUUUCUUUCUGUCACCUGCUUUCUGUCACACAGGACCCAUCAUCCUUUCAAGAUCCUCAUAAUGGGAGGGACAUUAAGGAACAUGCCGUAUAUGGAAUAGAGGCGCCUGCGAUCUCGAGAUCUCCAUUCAAAAGCCUCGUCGACCAUCGCUGAAAUCGAGUAGCCACUUAAGGCUCACUUGUAAGGGAGGGGAGACACUCAGCAUCAAAGCUCUUAAACAACAGAGAGUGAGAGAGAGAGGAAGAGUGAGAGAGAGAGAAAGAUUGAAAGCAGUAAAGUAAGAUUUGCCUAUCUUGCAAUUUCAGAGACCAUCACCACAAUUUAAUAAGAAUUUGAAAUUGUCUUUAGGCAGUGUGUGAGAGCAAGAGCCGGCAGGCUUACCAUAAAAUGAUUUUAUGAAGAGGACCCUGCAGGAAAAGGCUCUGAGGAGAGAAUUUGAAUACACAGGGUCUGUUUAAGGGGCCUUUUUCUUUUCUUGGUUUACAGAAAUAAGUUCGCCAUGUGAUAUCAAAUGGCAUCAGAUGUGUCCUCAGUAGUCCAGUGGGACUGUUGUGAGGUUUUUUCCUAAUGAUGAUGAUAAAAUUUCCCUGAAGCCACUCACCUUGCAGGAACAUUCCCCUGUGAGUUACAUGGACAGACAGGCUGAAAAAAAAAAACUAAAAUAAAAAAAUCGAACCAUAAGGUCUGGCUGAGAAGAAAAAAAAAAAACCUAACAGCUCGAAUGAUUAGUUUGGAAAUUCCUUUUUUGUUCCUCUUACUUCAAAAAAGUUCGGAGAGUUCACCUCAGGGUCCUACACCAUACUCUCUACUCUCUACAUAAUCUCUACUCUGGUAAAAACUAUAGCAACAAAAAAGCAAAAAUGGCAGCCGGAGUUGCAACAUGGUUACCCUUUGCCCGGGCAGCUGCGGUUGGCUGGCUUCCUCUGGCCAAAAAGUCCAUGCCCAAACCUCCUGUUGAUAAGAAGAGCCGCAGUGAUGAGAUCCUGAUAGUUAACGUGAGUGGGCUUCGCUUCCAGACGUGGAAAAACACCCUGGACCGUUAUCCUGACACCUUGCUGGGAAGCUCUGAAAAGGAAUUCUUCUAUAAUGAAGACACUCAGGAAUAUUUCUUUGAUAGGGACCCAGAGAUGUUUCGGCACAUCCUGAACUUCUAUCGCACAGGCAAGCUGCACUACCCACGGCAGGAGUGCAUCCAAGCUUUUGAUGAGGAGCUGGCUUUCUAUGGCAUUGUGCCGGACAUCAUUGGGGACUGCUGCAUGGAAGAGUACCGUGAUCGUAAAAAGGAAAACCAGGAGAGGCUGGCUGAGGACACAGAGGCAGAGAUGGCAACAGACCAACCCUUACCUCCAAACAGCACACCUCGUGAACGUUUAUGGCGAGCUUUUGAGAAUCCGCACACCAGUACAAUGGCUCUGGUGUUCUACUAUGUCACAGGCUUCUUCAUUGCCGUCUCAGUUAUUGCUAACGUAGUGGAGACUGUGCCGUGUCGGGCACCCAAAGGCAGCCUAAAGGACUUGCCAUGCGGCGAGAAGUACUCAGUGGCCUUCUUCUGCAUGGAUACGGCAUGCGUGCUCAUUUUCACAUUCGAGUACCUGAUGAGGUUAUUCGCUGCCCCCAGCCGCUGCAAGUUCAUGCGCUCAGUUAUGAGCGUCAUCGAUGUUGUGGCCAUCAUGCCCUACUACAUUGGCUUGGUCAUGCCUGAGAAUGAGGACGUGAGCGGUGCUUUUGUCACACUACGUGUCUUCCGGGUCUUCCGCAUCUUCAAGUUCUCGCGCCACUCACAGGGCCUGCGCAUCCUCGGCUACACAUUAAAGAGCUGUGCCUCUGAGCUUGGCUUCCUCCUCUUCUCCCUCACUAUGGCCAUCAUUAUAUUCGCCACAGUCAUGUUCUAUGCUGAAAAAGGCACCAAGGAAACCAACUUCACCAGCAUUCCAGCCUCCUUCUGGUACACCAUUGUCACUAUGACAACGCUGGGAUAUGGAGACAUGGUUCCUAACACCAUCGCCGGCAAAAUCUUCGGCUCCAUCUGCUCUCUGAGUGGCGUCCUGGUGAUCGCACUUCCUGUUCCUGUCAUAGUGUCCAACUUCAGUCGCAUCUACCACCAGAACCAGAGAGCUGACAAGAUGCGUGCCCAGCAGAAAGUGCGUCUGGCCAGGAUUCGCUUGGCUAAGAAAGGAACCACUAAUGCAUUCCUGCAGUACAAAGAUGAAGGCGGACUACAGGAUCAUGAUGGUGACAGUGGCGCUCUGUGUCUGAAGAACAGGUCGUCCUUUGAGCACCAGCACCACCAUCUGUUACACUGCCUGGAGAAGACUACGAACCAUGAGUUUACCGAUGAGCUGACCUACAGUGAGAUGUGUAUGACGGAGUCGGUCGGCUUCCGCACCAGCCGCAGCACAUCGAUCUCCAGCCAACAGGGCGUCUCAACCUCUUGCUGUCCUCGCCGGGCAAAGAGGAGAGCCAUCCGCCUGGCCAACUCCACCGUAUCAGUGAGCCGUGGCAGCAUCCAGGAACUCGAUACACUGCAUGUGCACAAAAGCCCGUCUGGUCCUCAGAGUCGCUCGAGUCUCAAUGCCAGGACAGAAGACCUGAAGUUAAACUGUGAGCAGCGAGACUUCACGGCAGCCAUCAUUAGCAUCCCCACUCCUCCAGCCAAUACACCUGAUGAAAGCCUGCCAUCGUCGCCUGCCAUCCCAGGCAUUCUGCGCAACUCCCGCUGCUCCUACAGUCAGGAGGCCGUCAAGAUCUCGUCCUUAUAACAAAACCGCCUCCAAGCACAAAGCUUUCCUCCAAUGCACAAACGGGAAGGAGGAAGCUUUUCCUGUCAGACUUACCACCAAAAUAUCAUCCCAAGAUACAAUGCAUUUGACAAAGGCACCCAGCUAUGGCUUCAUCCCACACUGAAAGCUCCCUUGAGGUUCUGUGAGAAUAAAUCAGCAGGAACUGAGACGUGAACCGAAGCAGGUUUAAUUACAGCCUUUUUUUGGAGGACUGUUGUGAUUCUUUCACAGAUCUGCAUUGGCCAUUCUGCCUUUCUUGGGAAAAAAAAGACAAGGAAAAUGAGAAAAACUGUUCCACAGAUUAUUAUUAUUAUUAUUUUCUUUUUGAUGAAAACAAUACUGGAUAUCAGGAUGGAUGGAUGAUUUAGUGUGUGCAAUCACAGGGCCAGUAUUAAGAGUAUGAACACAGAACUAUAUUCCUAUAUAGAUAUAUCUUUAGAGAGAAAGACAUACAAAUACUGUAUCCUGCAAUAGAUGCUUUCACAAAAAAAAAAAAAAACAACCUAUGGAUAUUAUGGCUGAGACUUAGCGGGUCAGUAUACGUAUAUGUAUCAUAAUUUGUAUCAUACUUCACAUGCAUCUUCCAACCUUACCAAAAAAAGGGUCAUCAGUGCCACCCUACUCAGACAUGCAUGUUAUUGUACAGUAGAUUGCAGAGAAUGGAGCAGCUAAAAUGCUCUUCCCACCUAUUUUUUGCAUGAUAAUUCCCCCACCUCUGUUUUGUUUUGUCCUAUUUUAUUACCUGAUGUCAUUUAAAAAACAUUUAUAGAAUAUUACAGAUCCAAAAGUGCACAGUAACUUUAAAAAAAAGAUUAAGAAAAUUUGAAAAAAAAAAAAAAAACAUUCAGGCAUGACUCUUUGCAAAAAUCUCUGUCUGGACGUACAUGGGUGUAUGCGGGGGUGAUGGGAGUGAUGAUGGUAGAAAGGAUUUGUGUACAUUAAUCACAAAUAUGCAUGGAUACCGUUAUAGGUAUGAUUUUCCUUUUCCUUUAUUUUUUACAUUCAUUGCUCCUUUGGUAAGUUGAUGGCAUUUUACUGUAUAUCAUUAAGAAUGUAGGUGGAUGAAGGGAUUAUCUACUGUCAUUUGCUUUAACUGAAUCCAUAAUGUAAUACAUUUAUGGGAUUAAUUUACAUCCAUCUCAGUUGGCCUUGUGAUUAUGUGCAUUAUUGUUUUUACUACUGUGAUGGAUCAGUGCUGCCAGUCUUUAAUAUGUGCACUUUAAUAUGUUCUCAUUUAACUUCUUAUAUUAUGAUUUUCUGAUGAUUCACAUGCAGCAAUGAAACUGGCAAUAAAAAUGUAAUUAUUUUAGUAAAAAGUGUUUAAUAUUCCAUAAAACUACUUGCACUUGACUGUGAUGACAAAUGUACUCUGCGACUCUGUUUACAGGUAUUGUUCCAGAAUUAUUUUUUACUUUUGUUUGUUUGAUUGAUUGUUUGCCGCCGGUUGUAUUUGGAGCCAUAAGGUAUUGAGCUUGGACAUGCUGGGACAGUUGCCUCCACAUCAGCAUACACGGAAUGUAUGGACAUGAUUGCAGUAGGAGGACGAAGGAGAGUGUUAGAUUUGAAAAGCACAGAGGUGUACAGUCUAUUCCACCAAUAAAGUGAACAGA